GCCACUCCUCUCAUCAGCUCAUAGCUCUUCUCUAGCAGCUUCCUCUCGAGUGAUCUUGAUCAGUCUCACCGGGAGCUCAGCUAGCUCAAAGAGUCAGUAGCUGAUCGAAGAAAUGGCGUCGCUGUCGAUGACGAACUCGGCGCGGGCGCAGUGGACGCCGAAGCAGAACAAGCUGUUCGAGCAGGCGCUGGCGGUGUACGACAAGGACACGCCGGACCGGUGGCACAACAUCGCCCGCGCCGUCGGCGGCAAGUCGGCCGAGGAGGUCAGGCGCUACUACGAGCUCCUGGUGGAGGACAUCAAGCACAUCGAGUCCGGCAAGGUGCCCUUCCCCGCCUACCGCUGCCCCAGCGCCGGCGCCGGCGCCCGGACCGCUGCUGGCUCCCUCGGUUACGAGUCCGACAGGCUGAAGCAUUUGAAGAUCUAGCCAGUUGGUGAACAGAGGAUGGCCGAGAAGAAGCUGCGCACGUGGAUAUACCGUGGGAUGGCAUGCACGGUCCAUGCUAAUCAAGGAUGGAAUGGAAGCAAGAAUCAGAUGCACGCAUGUUAAUAAGUAGUUAGUAUAGCUUAUUACGCCAGAUCGAUCGAUCUCCCUUGCAUGCGUCCCUCGUACUCGUAUGUAUUAUAUCCUAGCUGCACCCGUGUACCAUAGCAAUCAAGAAAACGAACUGGAUAUUAUCUAAUGCCUGCCUGCAUUUCUACCUUGUUCUCUUUGUUUGGGA